UUAAAAGAAGAAAAAGAAUAGAAAGUGUUUUGACGCAUCUGUAGCACUAAGUGGACCGAGUUCACGAUCGCGGUGGUGUAUGUACUGAAAUGUACUGAUUUGUUGAGUAGUUUCAAGUUUCAACAAACUGUAGUAGAUGUAUCACGCUCUGCUUUGCUUUCAAUCUCUUUUUUUAUUUGCAAGUAAUACCAUUCAACAGCGAAUUAUAGUUUGUUAUUUUUAAAUAUUGAGAUUGAGAUUGCUGAAAUUCAAGAGAAGAGAGGUCGAUCAAUUUUGAUUGGAUUGAAUUUUAGUUCGAAAUUGGAGUAAAGAAUGGCAAGGAUUAAUUGUACAUUAAUUUCGAUAAGCUCGCGACAGUUAUCGCUGUAUUCGAAAGGGUUCACACGUUUAUUUUCCUCCAAAAGUACGGACGAGGUAAAUGAGAGUCCAAGACUACGCGAAUUCAGAAACAAAUUGCGCGAAAAAGCUCCUAUAGAGAAAUUAGAGGAAUUAGAAGAAGGCAAGCAUCCUUAUCAGGAGCAAGAACCGUUGAAGCCCUUUCCAAACAACACAAAUCCGGAAACCGGUGAGAUUGGAGGACCUCGUGGACCAGAACCAACUCGUUAUGGCGACUGGGAAAGGAAAGGUCGCGUGACAGACUUCUGAGUCUUGAUAUUUGGAGUAAAUAGAUUGUUAAUAUAAUUGUUAAAAAUUAUGUAAAAAUAUAUAUGCAUAUGAAUACAGAGAUGUUAAUUAAUUAAAUCAGUGAUGUGUUUGUCACAAAAGAUAGAUUUAUAGUAUAGAAAAUAAUUUAAAAAAUGAAUAAAUUGUAAAAUUCACGUACAUAUUUAGAAGGAUCGUUAGAUUGAAAGCAAUCUAGAACAAAAUCUACUUUUUUUAUUACAACA